AUGCAGCACCAUACAAGCCGCCUGCCCGUUGCAUUGGAUUUCAGCGGAGUUUGGGUGAACUGCGUGUCACGGCGCAUGUUUCGCGUCGAGGAGGCUCAGCUGGGUAUGCAACCCUUGACCGCCUCAAGAUGCCUGGAGAUGGAGGAGGGGCAUGAGGAGGAGGAAGCCCAGGAUUCUUUGGUGCGCCGCCUUAUGAGGAAGUACAUGGAGCACACCCUCCACGAAAUCACAUAUCGGGCGACCACGAAGCACGCCUCCGCCACCUCGGCCGGGUGGGCCAUCAGCCGCGAUCUGCUGCCGGACGAUCAUCAGAAGGAGGAGUUGAUUAAACGCGCCUUCAGUGAUCCAGCCUUCAUGUGGGGAUGCGCCACCUCGGCGUAUCAGGUGGAAGGUGCUUGGAACAAAGAUGGCCGAAAACCAUCCAUCUGGGACAAGUUCACCCACGAUGGUCGGGCCUUUAAGGGAAGCAGUGGCGAUGAUGCAUGCGACUACUAUCACCGCUACGAAGAGGAUUUGGCCCGGAUCUCUGAAUAUGGCUUCAACACCUAUAGGUUUUCCAUCUCUUGGACGCGCGUCUUCCCGCUGGAUGAAGAUGGAAACAUGUACAUGAACGAGAAAGGUGUACAGUUCUACAAGAAUGUCUUACGCAUUCUUGCCGACCGAGGUAUCACGCCCAUCGUGACGAUGUUCCACUGGGAUUUGCCGGCCGAGUUGGAUUGGUUGGAUGAGGAAGUGGUGGACUACUUCCUGCGCUACGCCGAGUUUCUUUUAGCGACCUUCCCGGAGGUGAAUUGGUGGUCCACCUUCAACGAACCCUGGACCUUCUGCACCAUGGGCUACGCCUUAGGCCUGCAUGCCCCUGGAAAGCAGUCCCAGUACUUGCAGUACAGGUGUGGCCACAACGUCUUACGAGCACACGCUCGGGCUGUAGAUUUGUUCCGACGCAAGUUCUUCCGACCCGGCAUGAAGAUCGGCUUGGUGCUGAAUUACGACUUCCCCUUCCCCAAGGAUCCUGAGAACCCACACGAUCUGGACGCAGUGCAAGUGGAUGCGAUCAAAGGGGUAGGCUGGUUCGCUGAUCCUAUCUACAAGGGCGACUAUCCCGAGUUGUUGAAAGAGAUCAUCGGGGAGCACUUGCCGCGCUUCACCACGGAGGAGAAGAAUUUGCUGCUGAAAGCCUCGAAUCACGAAUACAACUACUAUGGCCUCAACACCUACAGCGGACGUUAUGUGGAAGCGGUUCACAACCACUCGUGGUCGCCAAAGCAAAGCUUUUGGAAGGAUGAUGAACCCAUUGGCUUCCCCUUCAUCCAUGCGUGGCUCUACAAAGUGCCCCAGGAGAUUCUGCUGCACCUGAGAUGGGUGAAUGAUCGAUAUCAUCCCCCUGGCAUCAUCAUCACAGAGAACGGCUGUGCAGAUCCGGGAAACACCGAGUACGAAUACACCGUGGAUGACUGGCACAGGGUGGGGUUCUUCAGGGACUACUUAGCCAAAGUCGCUGAGGCGGUCUUCGAAGGAAUUCCCGUCGUAGGUUAUACUGCCUGGGCCCUCAUUGACAACUUUGAGUGGGCGGACGGCUACCAACGCCGUUUUGGCAUCACCUACAACGACUUUGGUCGACAGUGCCACGGCCGUUUCGGUGGAUUCCCCGAAAUGGGUGUGAUCAAGACAUAUGAGACAUAUGGGUGGCUGAAAAUUGGGUCAGUAUACCUCAAUAUAUUGCAAUACGCAAUUAUGGGACCUCAUUAUACCUCAUCAUACUGUACCUCAUUAUACCUCAAUAUUGCAAUAUAUUGCAUUUUUCAUAGGCAAAAGAUGGGACAAUUAUGA